AUGGAUCAAAAUCAAAAUGCACUCGCUCUGAGUAUCAACGACGAAACCGUAGAUAUUCAUGGCAUUGGGGUUGACGUCUGCAAGAAUAUUCCCUAUCGUCAUAUCAUCCCGGCCAAGAUACACAGGCUCCAUGAAGCUAUCACCGCCGAUAUCCUCCAUUCAGCGGGGUUUCAAAAACAUGAAGCAGAGAAAUGCUUCAAGGCCAUUCGGGAACGAAUCUCCAGUAACCAACCGCUUCGGCAUUCGACGCUUGAUCAGUUCGAAGGGAUGGGCUUUCUUCGACAGCAUUCAUCAAAAAUCCUGAGAAUACAUGCGGGUACCAAGAAGAUUGUUUGCCCACCAGCACAUGUCAUGGGCUGUGUGAUUGCAGCAGUGGCCUACCGAAAACUGCAGCCUGCUCAUGAAGGUUUCUUUCAAGAAAACAAAGACGUUGUUAAGGUGUUCGGCGAGCUCAAUGGGAUCCAGUGGUUAUCCGUUGCUAUUCAAGUGUGGGACAAAGUCAGGUCGUGUGCGUUCGUCAUUGAAUUGGACGAAAACAACGAGAACCCUGUUGCAGAAAUCCGAACGGUGAAUGGUGCGUCUCGUUGGGUUGUCACCACCAGAAUGCCCGAUAUGAACAAAUACGAGAGCGUGCUUCGCAAUGCCUUCUGUCCCGCUGUUCAACCUUCUGGCCCAACUGUUCCAAAGCUAGAGUCAGAUGACAACCUACUUCCAUCUGUUGAGCCUAACGACGCCACAAACGAGCCGAUUCCGAUGAGCGAUGACGAUGAGACAGAGGACAAUACUUUCACCUUACGCGACUUCACUCGGCAAAUGAAGACUCUGGGAAAGAGACUGGCGACUCCAGAUCGAGCCAUUGCCAGACACGCACGAAGAGAAAUCAUGAAGAAGCCGGACCAGGUCGGACAACAAGAGGUCGGCGCACUUGGCCCACCAAAGGAGUAUUUCGAUUCCUACACCCACUUCAAGGAUGUUUGGAAGACUUGUCUCCAAAACCGCGUUUCGAUCCCGAACAGUCUUCGUGUUCUUGUCGAUCAUCACUGUACUCCCAGUCAGGUGUUUCACUUGAUGGAGUUGGAGAAGGAACAUCUUGCGGAGAUGGAAAUGGAAAUUGAUGGUUGA